AUGGCCACGCCCCCAGCCUCGGCUGGUCAAAAUGACGCGCACAUCGUUGAGGCAUCUGGCGGAAGUCAGGUCACUUCUCUCAACAACCACGACACAUCUAGACCGUCAGCGCUCCGGGACCGAGAUCGUCUCUCACGCAAAAAAGCUAAGCAGAAGCAGUUUCAACGAGCCUUGGCAUCGAUGCUAGAGAGCUUUCCUGGCAUCUUUGAAGAAUCUGACGCCGAUGUAUCCGACCUUGACGACGACCACUUCUUUACUGAUCCGGCUGUCGUGGAGGAGAAAUCUCCCGAAUCUCAAAGCGACAGGGGUAGUGCAUCUCCACCACUUCGUGAACGGCAAAGGGUUCGAUACCGAAGAGGUGACCGUGCCAGGCGUUCACCCAGUUCCCGUAGCAGAGAUUCGUUAGACGAGAUUCUAAAGCCUCUUGAACCGGGGAGAGAUCACAAGAGUGUCUCCAAUGAGACAGAGCUAGGGCCUAUUCAGUAUGAGUCAGAACUGUGGAACUACGCUCGCACAACAGACAAGGAUUACGAUAUACCCACCCUUAUUCAUACGGCGAGAACACCAGCACCUCUCAAAGUUUCGAAAAUCGGUGUCCACGCAAAAGCCACGGAAACCGGCGAUACGAAUUGUAUCUUCAAGGCCGUGAACAUGUACGCGGCUCCAAAAGGGUCGGUUGCACGACCGUGGUACCCGGACAGACCAAACGAAUACCUCGAUAAUCAAUACUCGUACGGUCGGCCCGAAGAACCUGCCGCGGUCACCGCAAGUGUGGGUAGUUAUAUACUGAUUUACUCUGAGACUAUCAUGCGUGCGAUUCGAAGCUGCGUCAAGGUGUACCCAGGUCUCUCCUGGGCGGUCGAGUUUAUGAGCGUGCCAGCGCCGUAUACACUAUUAGUCCACUACCGAGAUGAUUUGAAAGCUUGGAAUGAUAAACUCUCCGAUGAAGUCGCUUCUCCUAUAACUGAGCAGAACAAUGACAAUCUGGGCGCCACCAAAGCAAGCUUACCACCCAAGGAACACAUCCCUCUUUUGCUAGACUUCGUCUUCACCCCUGAGUUCACGGCCAUAUACGAUCAUGAAAUGUCAUUGAGGAGCAAGCCUGUACCUACGUGUACGUACUCGAUGGCUUGGCUCUUGUUCUGUCCGGGUACCAUGAUUUACGCUUGGAGCGACAAAAGUUUGGAUGCUUACAUGGUUGACUCUUACGAACUGGAUGGACUCUAUGCGGGGGAGGUAGUGCUUGAUCGCCGGAGAGAAAGAACCAAGACCAAUCAAGGACUCGCCGACGUGGUCAAACCACCUAACGGCAUCAGAGGUGAAAUCCCUGAGUUCAGUACAACCCCAAAGUCACUGAAGCUCAAGCUUCAUUAUGUCGAAUAUGACGGAACUCGACUCGGAAGACGUCCAAAGACUGUUACCAUCAGACCGUUCGAAGGCGAGCGCGAGAUCAGCUCUCUAGCUGCCUACCCUGUACAGUACGCGCCAGAUCAAGGACUGAGAGACCAGCUGAUUGCACGGGGGCAAAAGUAUCUCAAGCUAUGCCAACGGCAUUAUAUGUCCUAUCAUGGUGAUACUAUUGGAGCUCUCCGCCAGCCAUCACGCAAGUUGACUGGACGGGUCAUGAUCGAUUCCACUAUGUAUUACAACGAUCCUGAAACCUCAGGAAUAUUACGACUCAAAAUGCCAACCGCAGAUGGGAUUACCAUGUCAGAGACUGACAGCGAUAGUAACCUCAGCAGUGGUGCUUCUGAUUACGCCCGUCGGCGCAAACGAAGGGUUUACGCGCGGCGCCUGAAGGAAUUGAAGAAAACUAACACGCAACCUGCCGGAGCCGUUGAUUAUGACAUGAUUGAGCCACAUGAAGCGAAAUUGAAGCCGGAGCAUUUUAUGCUGCUCCCAGCUCAGAUCUGGGGAUUCGUACUGAGGGAACGCCGCUGGUAUCUACUGCAUAUUGACGGGCUGACGGAGCCUCAGUUCCAAGAGAACAUCAUCAAUGAUCUUGUCCUCAAGGACGAAGCCAGAAUCCUUAUCGAGGCUCUCUCAAGCACCAAUGACCAAACCAAUGAGGGGUUCAAUCACUGGAGCGCGGACAUUGUCCAGAACAAAGGAGAAGGUCGCAUAUUCCUUUUGCAUGGCAAACCAGGUGUUGGUAAGCUCUUCCAGAGAUGGGACAUUAUCUCUUCUUACCUCAACAUCGUAACUUACACUGAUACAGGCAAAACAUCAACCGCAGAAUGUGUGGCGGAAGCUAACCGAGCACCCCUGCUUGCCAUCACAUGUGGCGAUUUAGGCACUCACCCCAACGAAGUAGAACGCUCACUAAUGAGGUGGUUUCGACUGGCGACCAUGUGGAAAGCAGUCCUUCUUCUAGAUGAGGCAGAUGUAUACCUUGAGUCGCGCAUGAGCGGCGACUUGGCCCGAAACAGUUUGGUCUCGAUUUUCCUCCGUGCGCUGGAGUACUAUCAAGGUGUCCUCUUCCUGACCACCAACCGGGUCGGAACCUUCGACGAAGCAAUGCUCUCACGCAUUCACGUCGUCCUCCACUAUGCAGACUUCGAGGAUAUCGAGCGAGAAAAGAUUUGGAAUACGUCCUUCCGAAAGCUCGGCGAGGAACGACCAGAAGUCCAAAUCGGCCGUGGUGUUAUGGACUAUGUCAUGGAGAACCAACGCGUGCUCGAUCUAAAGUGGAACGGCCGCGAGAUCAGGAAUGCAUUCAAUACUAUUGUUGCACUUGCCGAGUUCGAUGCAGAGAAGAAGCGGAGAGCAGGAUCGUCCAACGUACAGAUCUCGAUCGAGAGGAGUCACCUGGUCCAGGUGGUAAAGAUGAGUGAGGGCUUCAAAACAUACAUGAAGAGUACACGAGGUUUAGAUGAAUCUGCACUUGCAAAGGCGCUUAAGAUUCGGGAUGAUGCUGUGGUGCAAAUGAAUCAAAGUCAGAUGGGAUAUUCAAGGGAAGGCAGAGUUACUAUUAUUGAUAGAGGAAGAGAGUGA